AUGUCGCAGGUCCUGACGCUAGCCAGCUUCCAAUCAAUAGCGUCGUCGAGCGUGCCCCUCGGCUGCAUCCUCGCAUAUAACAACACGCGCCUUUCGGGAUGCAAAAGGUCAGACUUUCAAUCGGGCACGGGGUGCUCGGCGAGCUGCCAGCGCUCCAUCCAGAGCGUCGAAGCCACGCUGCAGCUCGUGUGCGGCGGCGGCGACGUCGACGUGCCCUCAGGCUCCGUGCUGGCGUCAGCGAUAAACGGGAACCUUGUAAAUACGCUGUGUGGUAAAGGCCUGCAGCAGCCACCGGCGAGCACGGCGGUGGUGACGACGACGACGACGGUUCCGAGGGAGUCCAACAGUCCCAUCCUGUCGACUAUCGUUCCCCCGACGUCUACAACAACCUCUGCCGCACCCACAACGACAGCGCAAGCGCCGACGUCGGCGCUACCUCCAUCCUCUUCUUCUUCACCCCCACGCCCGGAUACGGAGAGCACGAGUGCGACAAGCACGCCAAAUCCAGGUUCGACACCGACACCGGCGGGAACGUCUCCGGAGAGGGGAGGUGGGAGCCCCUUUGACGCCCAACGUUCUGCUGUUACUUCGAGCCCCAGGAUACCCCGGCUUUCAUUGGUGAUGUCGUGGACCUUUGUGUUAUUACUAUUAAUACGGUGA